GCCGCGGAGGCAGUGGCUGCACCAAGAUGGCGGUGGCGGGCAAAGGAGCAGUGUCUGCCGCGGUGAAGCCGAUCUUCAGCCGGAACCUGGGCGAGGCGAAGCGGCGCGUGAGGGAGCUGUACCGGGCCUGGUACCGCGAGGUGCCCAACACGGUACACCUCUACCAGCUGGACAUCACAGUGAAACAGGGGCGUAACAAGGUGCGGGAAGUGUUCAUGAAGAAUGCCCACGUGACAGAUCCACGGGUGAUAGACAUGCUGGUUAUUAAGGGAAAAAUGGAUCUUCAAGAAACCAUUCAGGUAUGGAAGCAGAGGACUCACAUCAUGAGGUAUUUCCAUGAGACGGAAACCCCACGACCUAAAGACUUUCUGUCCAAAUUCUAUGCGGGCCAUGAUCCCUGAGAGAUUGACUCUCUGUCUUCCUGCCUUGUAUUACAAAUAAAGUUCUAUAUAGUAGAAAAAAAAAUAUGCACAGAAAGAUUGUAUAGCAUAUUAGGAGCCUAAUGACUAAAUCUGAAUCCAGAGUGCGUGCAAGUUGUCAUGAUCUGUAUGAAGAGCUGCGAUUUCCUAGUUUUUGCCAAUGUGUGUUUUCAGUGGAUGGAGUUUGUCCCAUCACUUGCCCUGGAGUGUCUGCUGAAUAGCCACAGCACAACUUGGCUGUGGAGCUGUCUGGUUAGCCUGCAGCCCUGUGCAUAUGUGUUGGCUCUGUGGAAGAGUGAGCGGAGAAGAGCGGGCCUUCAGAAAAGCCAGUGUAGUAGCAGAAAUAUUCUUGUGCUUGAGGCCCAUCUGUAUUCGUGCCGUGUUUUGCAAUUUUGUGCUGUGACUUUGUUUUUUAAUUGGACGCUAUUCUCUGUUUACUUCCUCACAGAGAAUGGCGUAAAAUCCAAUAGCCCAAUAAAGCCCUUUGUACAAUAAAAAGAUCAGCAGAGUCCAUUUCCCUGCUGCACAAUGAAAUCACCUAGAAAAAGGAGGUUUUGUACUGUUGUAUAGAAUAGGGAGGCUCUGUAAGAGCUUCUUAUGCCUAGCAGAUGGUGUCCUACCAUCACCUCCUUAACUGAAUCAGGAAUUACUAGCUCCCUUUUGAGAAGGGUGAGGAGAACAACUUCUUUGUCCAGUCUAAACCUCCCAUGGUGCAACUUGAGGCCAUUUCCUCUCAUUCUAUCGCUAGUUAACAGCUACAAGAAUACUGAAGGGAAGAAUGGGCACUCAAGAGAAGAGGCCAGAUUUAGCAACCAGAAACCAUGAGAGAGACACUGGGGCAAUGCUGGCUUAAAAAAAAAAAAAAAAAUCUGACUAACUUUUCAAGGUAUUUGAGAAAACAGCUGGUCUGAUGUGACUGAAGAUACUCUAUGCAUGCCCUAGCAGUAGAGAGGACCUUCUAAGUCUAUUAAGCAAGGAUUUAAUUGCAAUAGUAAAGACUUCUAUGAAAAGAAGAGUUGAAUUUUAUAGGCAGUUAAGAAAAUAAAUACAUUAGGGCUCAUACAGAAGCAAGUAUGGAACUACCUAGGAAAUUGGAGUCAGGGCAUUCAGAGAUUUUCACUGUUCAGAGAUUAAAUGCUAUAAAACACAUCAGCGAGUUUGUUUGCCACUUGUGAUCUUAACCUUUUACCAAAGCUACUCAAAACCUUUAACUCUGUGAUGAUAAUACUGUAUUUAAUCCUCAGUGAGGUGAAAUUAAUUAUACAGUCUCCAUCAGGCAUACCUGCACAGUGCUGGGUUGUAAAUCAGCAUUAUUUGAAUUGUAGUGCCAGUGUCAGUACACACUAUAUUCUUUUAACAGGGCUGUGUUGUGAGGCUGCUGCUUCCUCUAGGAUUCCUGUCACGUGCUGUAGAUGAGUACUGAAUUACAGAAAGGACUCAUAAGAGGAAAUAAAUAUGAAGAGAGCCUCCUUACUGGAGCAAACAUACAAAGGUGGAAAGGUUAAUACAGAAUGACUGGAUGGAUAGAUGAGGGGAGGGCAAUAGAUGUUGUCUACCUCGAAUUCAGCAAGGCGUUCGACACCGUCUCACGCAUCAUCCUCAUAGGCAAGCUUAGGAAGUGUGGUUCAGAUGAACAGUGGGGUGGAUAGAAAACUGGCUGAUAGAGCUCAGAGGGUUGUGAUUAGUGGCACAGGGUCUAGUUGGAGGUCUGUAAUAAGUGGUGUUCCCCAGGGGUCAGUACUGGGUCCAGUCCUGUUCAGUAUAUUCACCAAUGACCUGGAUGAAGGGAUAGAGUGUGCCCUCAGCAAGUUUGCUGAUGACACAAAACUGCAAGGAGUGGCAGACACAUGGGAAGGCUACAUCGCCAUUCAGCGUGACUUGGACAGGCUGGAGAGUGGGGCGGAGAGGAACCUUAUGAAAUUCAACAAAGGCAAGUGUAGGGUACCGCACCUGGGGUGGAAUAACGCCAUGCAUCAGUACAGGUCAGGGGCUGACCUGCUGGAGAGCAGCUCUGUGGAAAGGGACCUGGGAGUCCUGGUGGACAACAGGAUGACCACGAGCCAGCAAUGUGCCCUUGUGGCCAAGAAGGCCAAUGGCAUCCUGGGGUGCAUCAAGAAGAGUGUGGCUAGUGGGCUGAGGGAGGUUGUCCUCCCCCUCUACUCUGCCCUGGUGAGGCCGCAUCUGGAGUACUGUGUCUAGUUCUGGGCUCCCCAGUUCAAGGACAGGGAACUGCUGGAGAGGGUACAGCAAAGGGCUAUGAAGAUGAUUAGGGGACUAGAACAUCUUUCUUAUGAGGAAAGGCUGAGGGACUUGGGUCUUUUUAGUCUGGAGAAGAGAAGACUGAGGGGGGAAUCUUAUUAAUGCUUAUAAAUACUUAAGGGGUGGGUGCCAGGAGGAUGGGGCCAGUCUUUUUUCAGUGAUGCCCAGUGACAAGAUGAGAGGUAAUGGGCACAAACUUGGUCAUAGGAAGUUCCAUCUAAACAUAUGAGGAGGAACUUCUUUACUUUGAGGGUGGUAGAGCACUGGAACAAGGUGCCCAGAGAGGGGUUAUGGAGUCUCCCUUUCUGGAGAUACUCAAAACUCACCUGGACACAUUCCUGUGCAAUCUGCUGUAGGUGAACCUGCUCUGGUGGUGGUGGGGGGUGCUGGACUAGAUGAUCUCCAGAGGUCCCUUCCAACCCCUAUCAUUCUGUGAUUCUGAAACGCUAGGUCAUAGGCACAUAAUCUAUAAAAACACAAGACCAAAGUCAUAUAUCUCAAUCUCUUGAUCUUUAAUUUAUGUGUUUCCCAUAUUGCUAAUAAAAGGAAUCUCAAGCAGU